GAUUGUCACGCAUGAAAUUUCUCACGGACCACCGGAAACUCAUGUUGUAAAUAAAAAAAUAAUUGUUUAGUGUUUUAUAACAAAUUUUCGAAAAUGAACCGUCUUGCUACGUCAAGACUUUUCUUGCAGAAUAAUAGGAAGUUAUUUCAAGCAUUUGUAGCCAGAUAUAGCGUUGACACUGGCAGUAAAGACUAUAUAGAUGGUUUGGUAAAGGACAAAAAAGUUGUUGUUUUUAUGAAGGGCACAGCAGACCAGCCUAGAUGUGGGUUUAGCAAUGCUGUUGUACAAAUACUCAACUUCCAUGGUGUGCAAAACUUUGCAGAUUAUAACGUGUUAGAGGAUGAAAGUUUAAGACAAGGUGUGAAGGAUUACAGUAAUUGGCCAACAAUUCCACAAGUUUUUAUUGGCGGAGAGUUUAUAGGCGGGUGUGAUGUUAUGUUAGAAAUGCAUAAAAAUGGAGAACUUAUUGAUGAACUACAAAAAGUUGGAAUAAGAUCUGUACUUUUAGAUAAGAUAGAAAAAGAGAAUCAAGAGGAUAAAGAUAAAUAGUGAAUAAUAUAUUGUUGUUAAGUAUUUUUGCUUGCAUGGGAAGAAGUUGUGUGAGGUGGAGAUGUGAUUGUUACAGUUCAAAUGAUAAGUUGAUGAAUUGUAACAUAAUCUUAAGUGUGCAUUAUGAUCAUCAAUAUAACAUCAGUCUACAGUGGAAUAUAUAUCUGAAAGGACUCACCCAACAUGCUUAAUAUAUGUAUGAAAAUAAUGAAUACAACCUGAUAUUGACUAAAUACAUUUGAAUCAUUUAUAAGUGACAAAAAUUGAUAAGCUAUUAUAAUGAGUUUUGAAACAGUAGACAGUCAUCACAGUAGAAUCCGUUGUUUUGGUUUAGCUCUCACAUAUAUCUUAAAUGUUUUUCUAAUUAAUUUAAUCGUGGAUCUAAAUAUUGGUGUGCCAUGUUUGACGAAAAUAAAUUGAUAGAUACAAUGUAUCUGCAAUCAUGAAUGUAACCAGGAUUUUAUCAUGAUUCCUCUGAAUUCCAAUUACUAAGUAUUUAUUGUUGAUUACCAAAUACAGUGUAGUAUUUCUUUAAUAAAGAAGUCAGAAACCUGAAGUGAAUGCUUUGUCUUUUAUAGAAUAAGGUUAUCAUUGUUUGCCCUUCUAGAUAUAAGUUAUAUAUAUACCAAGUUUGAAUAAAGCAGGGUAUAGAACUAUUUGAAAGACCCUGAAGUACUAUUUGCAAGAGGCUGCAGAGCAUUUUCAAUUUUGCUCCAGAAAUAAGGCCCCAUUCCUAAAGCUAGAAAAGGCCUUGUGCCUUGAAUAAAAUAAAGUAAUGUUAAAUUGUGCAUAAAAAACAGGUCACAAAUGUAUGCUUUCUAGGUUAUUUCUUAAAGCAGCAAAGUAAUAUAUAUAAUAUGUAUAUUCAUUAAUGUAUAAAUGUACUGACAAUGCAAGUUGAAACUUUUAAUGUUUUGUGCAAGUUGUGACUGAUUGUAACUAGUUUUAUCACCCUAGUACUAAUGGAGUAAGAGAAUUCCAGCAUAUUUUAAGUUAUAGAUUAGUAGUUUCUUUGGAUAAUGUGUGGCUAAAACCACUUGAUAUGUACAUUUGACAACCUUUUAACUUAUCAGAGGCUUUUAUUACAGAUGAAUGUAAUGUCAAGAUCCAUGAACUUAUUAGAACUACUUUGCAUAAAAUUUUUUGUAAAAUUGUAAAUCUGUGGGUGUGCUGCUUUAAUAAAGUACAUGUACAAGCAGUUUAUGUAGCAGAAUAUAUACAGAUAUAUACUAAAACUUAAAGUGGAUUUGUCUUCAAUGGGUACUUUUUCCACAAGUAUUUCAUAUAUUGUUUUAAAACAACAGUAGGAAAUUAGGAGUGUAUUAUUUUGAUACUGUAAUAAAAUGUUUCUUGGAAAAAAAAUGUCAAUUAAUUUUUAGUGAUUUAGUAAUUGAAUAAUAAUAUUUUGUUCUAGAACACUUUAUCAUCUGCUAUAUAUUAUCGGAUAUGUAAUAUUGGACCAUCCAUCUCAUGCUUAAAAUAACAUUCAUAUGUAACUUAACUAUCGUUUGUUGUCAUGUGUGAUGCUAAAUAUAUGAGCCGGGUCAUGGCAAAACCAACAUAAUGCGUUUGAGACCAGCAUGGAUCCAGACCAGCCUGCGCAUGCGCGCAGUCUGAUCAGGAUCAAUGCUGUUCGCUUACAAACCUUAUUACAAGUAGAGAAACUGAUAGGGAACAGCAUGGAUCCUGAUCAGACUGCGCAGAUGCGCAGGCUGGUCUGGAUCCAUGCUGGUCGCAAACGCACUAUGUUGGUUUUGUCGUGACGCUGCUCAUAUGUACUAUUGAUCAACACAAUUAUUUAUGGUAUUAUAGACCUCCCAUUUGAGACCAAUUCACUUUAAGGGUGGUUUACAUUAAAUGCUGACUAACGGUUUAAUCUUUUACUCUUUUUUUAAAUAUUUUUUUAAUUUUAGUAAUCAUUCAUGUAAAACAAUGUUUUAUUUCAAAAUAAAAUGUUUCAUAAAAACAUC